UUCAAUCUCUGUAUGUGUUUAGUUUGUCAUUUUGCAUGUUGGGUCGGUGGGUUGAGUUCUAAGCUUUGCUAAUGGCGGCCAAGAAGGCGUGUGAGUCUUUCUCCAAGAGCUUAAUAGAGGACGUCCACAAAUGGGGUUGCAUGAAGCAGACCGGGGUCAGCUUGAAGUACAUGACGGAAUUCGGCUCCAAUCCAUCGGACCGGAACUUGUUGCUUUCGGCCCAGUUCCUCCACAAGGAGCUCCCCAUUAGGAUUGCUCGCAGAGCUGAUGAGCUUGGUGCCCUCCCUUAUGGCCUUUCUGAAAAGCCUGCUGUUUUGAAGGUCCGAGACUGGUACAUUGAUUCCUUCCGUGACAUGAGAAAUUUCCCCAAGAUCAAGGAUAUGAAUGAUGAGAAGGAAUUUACUCGAAUGAUCAAGGCUAUCAAGGUGAGACACAACAAUGUCGUCCCCAUGAUGGCUUUGGGGGUUCAAGAGUUGAAGAAAGGAAUGGAUCCGAAGAUUGUUUACGAGGAUCUUGAUGAGAUUCAACAGUUUCUAGAUCGGUUUUACAUGUCGAGAAUCGGAAUUCGUAUGCUUAUUGGGCAGCAUGCGGAGUUGCAUAACCCUAAUCCUCCUCCUCAUGUUAUUGGCUCUAUACACACAAAAAUGUCUCCUCUGGAGGUGGCACGAAAUGCUAGUGAGAGUGCUCGUGCCAUUUGCUUGCGAGAAUACGGGAGUGCACCCGAAAUUGAUAUCUAUGGUGACACUGGUUUUACAUUCCCGUACGUUCCAACACACUUGCAGCUUAUGGUGUUCGAGUUGGUAAAAAACUCCUUGCGUGCUGUCCAAGAGCGCUUCAUGGAUUCGGAUAAGGUCACACCGCCUGUUCGAAUAAUAGUUGCCGAUGGAAUUGAGGAUGUGGCCAUAAAGAUAUCAGAUGAGGGGGGUGGAAUACCAAGACGUGGUCUUCCCAAAAUUUUCACAUACCUUUAUAGCACUGCCAAAAGCCCCUUGGACGAGCACUCAGAUCUCGGAACAGAUGAUAGAGUAACAAUGGCUGGAUACGGUUACGGGAUACCUAUAAGCCGCUUGUACGCACAGUAUUUUGGAGGCAAUCUUCAAAUUAUCUCUCUGGAAGGAUAUGGGACUGAUGCAUAUCUUCAUUUGUCUCGUUUGGGAGACUCGAAAGAACCAUUGCCGUGAUUUUCUCUAUACUCCGGGUACCAGGAGGACAGGGGAAGGAAAAUUUUAAUUUCUGUAAAGAAAAAGAAACAUUUGAAUAGAUGUUUUCAAUCUGGUUGAACAUUGUUUUCUAUCUUGAAACAGGGAAUCAAAUAGUUGU